AUGAACACGAACUCGAGCACCGAGACGACCAUUAGCCCCGCCGGCGUUCUGUUGCUGCGGGGAUCCGCCACCACUCCAGAGACUUCCUACUAUGAGGACUUAGAUAAGAACGGGUGGUGCGUCGUGAAGAAUGUCAUCUCUCCCGAGAAGGCAGCGUACUAUGUGGACCAGGCGUAUUCUUGGCUUGAGGGUUUUGGUAAAGGCUUCGACAAGAAUGAUAGGGAGACAUGGAAGCCUGAGAAUCUGCCCGCAUUCGCCAAGGGCGGUCUGUUCAAUCGUCAUGCCUCCGGUCACGAGCAGUUUGCAUGGGAUAUCCGAGCCGAGCCAGGACUCAUUGACGUCUUCGCCAAGAUUUGGGGAACAGACGAAUUGGCAGUCUCUUUCGAUGGAGUCAACGUCUCUCUUCCAUUCAAAGCGGAUGCGCCCGUCGAUCGAAAGCCUUGGGCUCAUGUGGACCAAAGUCCACUCAGGAGAUUCAAAUACUGCGUUCAAGGGAUCAUGAAUCUCGCCCCGAACGGACCUAAAGAUGGGGGAUUGAUGGUCCUUCAAGGCUCUUUCUCCCGAUAUAACGAGUUCUGGGAAGCUCAUGAUCACGAAGCGCCUCCUGGUGGAUGGUCAAAACGGAAUGGAUACCAUCACACGCAAGCUCAACUUCAAUGGUUCUACGAUCGAGGAUGCACUUGGCACAAGGUUGAAGCUGGACCAGGUGACGUGAUCCUAUGGGACAGUCGCUGCGUUCAUUACGGCGCCGCGGCAGAAGGUGAUCAACCGCGUGUCGCGACCUACGUCUGUUAUAAGCCGAACCGUGAUGUCGCACCGGAUAAGCAAGCGAUCAGAAAAGAAGCAAUGGAGAACUUUGACAACACGACGCACGAUGCCGCUGAUGUCAAGCAGACCGGAUCUCGAAUCGCAGGCAAGCUGUCAGACGACGAAAGAACGGUUCCUUCAAAACCUCCGGUGCUCUCGCAUCGAGCUCAACAGCUCGCCGGUAUCGCAGCCUAUUAG